AUGGCGCCUUCAGCACACCAAGGCAAUCAGCCUUCAAGGCCGCAGUUCUCACGAAUUGUUCGCUUCAUUCCAGCCAGUGACAGCAACUCAAUACUACUCGGCGAGCCCGUUGAGCAAGAUCUUGACGUCGGAGCAGCGCUUUAUGACGGGAAAGAUGUUACUGUUCAAGUUUUCACGGGCCAAUCUGUGCUUGAUCCCGGAUCUCUCACGGAGCGGACAGAGAGCAUAGGCAAGCUCUUAUCACCACUUUCUCGAGAGGAGGUGGGAACUAUUCGCUGCAUCGGCCUUAACUACAAACAACAUGCCGAGGAAGUCAAGUUUCCGAUACCCUCCGAGCCUACGCUGUUCCUGAAGCCCUCAACAGCCCUAGCCGACCCCCAUCCCGCACCAACAAUCAUCCCCAAAUUCACGAUCCAGGAUGACUGCGCCGACUACGAGGCCGAACUCGCAGUCGUUAUCGGCAAAGAGUGCAAAAACGUGUCCGAAGCAGACGCCAUGGACUACGUGCUAGGUUACACAGCCGCCAACGACGUCUCGAGCCGAAAGAGCCAGUUCUCGCAGACGCAGUGGUGCUUUUCCAAAGGGUUUGACGGCUCGUGUCCGCUCGGGCCGGUGCUGGUCUCGAAGGCUGCGGUGCCGGAUCCUAGCAAGCUGAAGCUACGGGGGCUGAAGAAUGGGAAGGUUCUUCAGGAGUGCGGUUUAGAUGAUCUUAUCUUCAGCGUGGAGAAGGUUGUUAGCUUCUGCUCGCAGGGCACGACGCUGCCUCCUGGGACGGUCAUUAUUACGGGCACGCCGGCUGGAGUCGGUGUAGGACGUAAGCCGCAGGAGUUUUUGCGUCAUGGGGAUAGGUUCGCGGUCGAGAUCCUGCCGUAUAUCGGGACUUUGAUAACAGAAUUUGUGAAUGAGACAUAG